UCGGGACUGUUAAUGUGCCCCAGUGAGAGCGAACUCCGAGGAAGCAGAACAUCUGACGGAAUCAUGAACACCAGGGCGUCGCCCCGCUAAGCAGGACCCGGCAACAUGUCGACGGGCCCUGGCCUCGGUGCCCCCCACCUGGCCGAGGGCCCCCAGACCACAGGACCUGUUGGCCUUCAGACUCUGCUGGACCUCCUGGUUGGUGUCUAUCAGGAGUUCUACUCUUCACCCUUGGCCACUGAGAAUUACGUCUCUCGCUUCCUGCAGUGGGCGGAGCCUCUGGUGAGCCAGGUCAAGAGGACACGCAUCAAGAGAGAAGACUUCGACGUCCUGAAGGUGAUUGGUCGAGGAACCUUCAGCGAGGUGGCUGUCGCGAGGAUGAGGAGCACCAAGCAAGUGUAUGCUCUGAAGAUCAUGAACAAGUGGGACAUGCUGAGACGAGGGGAGGUCUUGGUGUGGUUCCUACUCAGUUUGUCCUCAGCUGUUGGUGUCUUCUUCCAGACGGCAUGUUACCAGGAGGAGAGGGAAGUGUUGCUGAGAGGAGACAGACGCUGGAUCACGGAGCUACACUAUGCCUUUCAGGACGACAAUUAUCUGUACCUGGUGAUGGAUUAUUAUGUAGGUGGAGACCUGCUGACUUUGCUCAGUAAGUUUGGAGACCGGAUCCCAGAGGACAUGGCUCAGUUCUACCUGGCUGAGAUGGUCAUGGCCAUUGAUUCUAUUCACAGACUAGGCUACGUACACAGAGACAUCAAGCCUGACAACGUGCUGCUGACAGCGGAGGGACACGUGAGACUCGGGGACUUUGGCUCGUGUCUCAGGCUCCUGGAGGACGGGACGGUGCGUUCCUCGCUGGCGGUCGGGACCCCGGACUAUUUGUCCCCAGAGAUCCUGAGGGCCGUGGAGGACAGCGGAGGCUACGGCACUGAGUGUGACUGGUGGGCUCUGGGGAUCUGCGCCUAUGAGAUGCUGUUUGGGAUGACGCCCUUCUACGCAGAGUCCAUCUCUGAAACCUAUGCCAAGAUCAUUCACUUCAAGGAUCAUUUUGAGCUUCCUCCCUCUGGUCCAAAGAUUUCAGAGAAGGCCCAUUCCUUCAUCACGGGACUCAUCUGUGAGAGAGAGGUCCGUCUGGGAAAGAAAGGCCUGAGCGACUUCAGGAGCCAUCUCUUCUUCUGUGGACUGGACUGGGCCUCGCUGCACAAAUUCCCGGCUCCCUUCAGGCCUGAUGUCUCUAAUCCAGCUGACACAUCCAACUUUGACAUCCUGGACGACUGUCUCAGUGAGAUGGAAACGCUGUCUGACGUGAUGGACAGAGCUCCCAUUGGAGUACACUUAGCUUUUGUAGGAUACUCUUAUACUGCUACCAGCCAGACGGGCGCCGUCGACCGCAGUGAGGACAUCAUGAUGCAGAUCGACCACACGAGGCUCGUGGAGUGCGACUCUCACUAUGCAGCAGAGGAGCUGGGUCAGCUGUGGCAGCGACCUGACUCUCUGCCUGUCCUAUUGGAGCACCCAGUGUCCCUGGAGGAGGGUCCAGCCAUGUCGACACACACCACCACCACGGAGGAGGAGGAGGAGGAGGAGGAGCAGGGAGACCAGGGGAGGCCAGAUGUUAACCUGCAGAGACAGGUAAAUGAAGCAGAACAAAGAUAUUGUGAGUUGGAAAAAGAAAUGAAGCGACUGAGGAAGGAGAUUGAGGACUGGCGAGCCUUCAAGGAUUCAGCCACAGAGCUGGGUCUCUACCCAGCAUCCCUUGUUCUGCCCCCCCACUGUGUGGAUACACCAGGGGAUAGGGAGAACGUGUCCACAGCGUGUCACUACCCGCUGGUGAUUUCUCUUCACCGACACCUGCUUCUGUUCCACAGGGUCUACCUUCCCCAGGUGAGGAGCCAGUCCUACCUGCUGGUGUGUGCAGAGGGGAGGGAGCUGCAGGCCUGGGACCGGCUCUGCUUCACUGAGCUGUCCUGAACCAGCCGACCGAGCAGGACCAAGGACUCGUCCUUCACUCCAACUCCCUGUCCUCUGAAAGAUCCCACAAGCCCCCGUCAACAGAAAUAGAAGGACUGAAGCAGCAGCUGUGGAUGUCUUAAGUGUGGGAGACGUAAUUUAGAAAGGAUUUGAAUUGAAUCUAAAGGCAGGUUGGACUCAGGGGCAGCGCUGGGAGUUAAUGAAGAGGACAUCUUUGACCCUGUGUUGUCUGUUUACAGUCUUCACUUUACAUGGAUUCGCUGAACUCAGAGUAUUUAUUUGUUGUGACAAUGAGAAUGUCUGACUUGUGAGUGACAGAUAUCGUGCUACACUUACUGUCUCGUGGCAUUUUAGACCAUAUUGGUGCGUUUAGUUGUCACAAUGGACGUGAUUCUCUUGAGCUUGGGUGUAGUUUGCACUUGUGUUGUACAGUUCUAUGCAUUGUCUUGCUAUUCUUGUAGUAGGACACAAAAUGUUGAUGAAGACCACAAAGUAGUUUAAUGAAGGUGAUUGAGCAGCAGUGAUGAAGGCUGCUAACCCCUCAACAAAGGCCGGAAACAUGCAGGUUAAGGGAGUGAUGUGCUGAUCUCGGUUUGAAAGCAGUAAAAUCAAACUGGUGUCACUGAUGCUCUAUUUCUCAAAUACAAAAUGCUAGCAUGUAAUUUGUGUUUGGUUGAGUUGAAAUUGGCUUCUUACUUCAUGUAAUUUCAGUGCUGUGUAUUUUUGUACAUUUUCCUCUGGCUCAGAGUCAUGAGGACCUAUCCAGUAGGCUGAGACUCAGCUUCUUCCCCAUUGCAGUGACGAGACCAUGUCUCCCCCCAAAAAAACGCAGAGGACACCCAUCACCACGUCCCAGUCCAGUAAAGGGACCACUCACUGCUGGGGACACAGGCCAUGCUGUAUAAAUUUUAACUGCACUCAUGCUAUUUAUUGUAAUAUUUAUGUCAACAUCGUAGCUGCCACAAGAAGUGUCGCCAAACUGAAUUUCUUUGUACCC